UAGGGGAUUAAGAGGUACAGACUACUAUUUUUAAAUAAGCUACAAGGAUAUAUGGUAUAGCACAGGGAAUCUAGGCAAUAUUUUAUAACUACAAAUGGAGCAAAAUCUAUAAAAAUCUUGAAUCACUGUAUUGUACACCUGAAACUAAUAUAAUAUUGUAAAUAUAUAACCAGAUAGGACCUGGGCUGUCAUUGGGCAUAUAGACUGUUAAAACUAUCAUCCACCACCACCACUAUAAUGACUUCUAUUAGAGCAGCAAUUAAAUAAUCAUUGUAAUAAGAAUUAAUAUAUUCCAAACAUUUUGUAUAUGUUACUAUAUUUAACCUUCACAACUCUAGAAGGUAGGUCCUAUCUUUAUCCUCAUUUUACAGCUGAUGGAAUUGAAGCCCAGCGAAAAAAUAAAUUAAUUAAAAUUAUAGGAGUGAAAAAGCUCAUCCAAGGAGGAUCUACAUACAGAAAUAAAAGUGAAGGGGCCUGAAGACAAAACUGGGCAAAUAGUAAUUUGGGGGCUGUGGGCAGAAUGAGAACAAAUAGGCAAAGAAACAGAACAUCGGUAGAAACUGAUGUCACAGAAAGCAAGACAGGAUGGAGUGUCAAGGAGGGAACGGUCAGGAGAAUCAAACUCUUGAAAAAUCAUGUGAAAACUAACUUUCAAAAUAUCCAUUCGCUGUUGUACUGAGGUAGGGACUGCUGGUAACGUUAUCAGAGAAUUUUCACUAAAGAUUUGGGGGGUGAAAACCAAAGUGCAGCAAGUUGAUGGGUGAAGGGAGCACACUGACGUAGGCAUAGUGUAGAUUACUCCCUAACGAAAAGAGAGAAAAGCCAAGACAUAGGUUAGAGGGAGGAAACUAUUCCCAGCACAGAGAGAGGGAACUUGAACAGGUUUAUACCCAGUAGUACAGGAGCCGGGGCGGAGGGCAGAGGUGCAGGGGAAUAGGAUGUAGUGACAUCCAGGAGGAAAUGGAAUAGGAGGGACUUGGAUAGAUACAGGUUAGCAAGGAAAACUGAGGGGCUUCAUGGUUCACUCAUUUGAUUUUCUCCCCCCCCCCCACUUGAUAUUCUUGGUGAGACGAACACCAAGGUCCUGUGCUUAGGAUGCGGAGGGAAGACAGACAGCCUGAGACCGUCUAGAAAGUGGGAUAUAGUAGCUGAGAGUUACGCGAGAAGGGCUGAACCUCCAAAGCCCCCCACCCCAUACGCCCACUCACCCGACUCCCAGGUUCGAAAUUCGGUUCGAAAUGUGUUUGGCGUAUCCAGGUGCCGUCCUUCUAAAGCUCUUAGAGAGGAGUCAUUUGGCUGGCGCAAAGCAGUCACCCAGCCAGCCCGCCCUGUAGGAGGCGUUGUGCCAAGAAAAGUAGGUCCCAGCAGACCCGGGAGGAGUCGCCCAACUUGCCCGCCAAACAGGGGGCGCUCAGCCAGCAAGGUUGCUCCCAACAUGCCUUGCGGCGUGACUCCGAGCCCCCAUCUCCAACCUGCUAGCGGGUCGCGGUGGUGAGCCGGUCGCUCUACUCUUUGUGGGGAGAACUCGUGGGUGAGAGGGGGAGGAGGCCGAAGAGGAGGCCAGGACUGAGAAAGGGCUGCAGGAGGACUGAGCUAGGAGGAGGGGAGAGGCAGAUCGGCUGGCGGCCACUUCUUAGCACAGCCGCGGCGGCGACUCUGCUGCCAACUAGGCCGCGGCGGCCAUGGCCGUGGAUUUCAGUGACCCCAGAAGCGGUUUUCGCCACAGCGAGGUAGUCAUGUUCAUCAACGAAGAGGUGCUCACUAACGGCGGCGGCCCAAACUUCUACCUGACCUUCCGCUCGCGGCCCUGGAACGAGAUCGAGGACGAGCUGCAGUCCAUCCUGGCCGACCUGCAGGUACCGCGCACGGUCAAGAGGGCCUGCGUCUGGAGCGCGCUGGCCUUGAGCGUGCGUGUGGCCACGAGGCAGCGGGAGCAGCAGGCGCGCCGGGUUCGGCGGCUGCAGGAGCAGGUCGGGGAGCGCGAGACGGCCGCGUGGGCUCUGGCGUCGCAGCUGCAGCGCCUGCGCGAGGAGCGUGAGGAGAUGAUCAAGCAGUUGCGUAGCACGCGCAGUGACCUGCAGCAGGCGCUGAACGAGCGCGAGGUGCUGCGCGGGCAGCUGCUCCGGGCUGAGAGGCAGCCCCUUGAGGCCGCUCCCCGGUCCCGAUCCCAGCAGUUCGCGGCUGAUGUGUGGCCCUUGACCGCAGAGGAGCGAAACAAGUUGCUGAUCGCGACAUCUCAGCGUAGGCAGAUGGUGGAGGCCCAGAGGGAGGAGUCCCAGAAUGCCCCAGCAGGCGGCAUGCUUUACAUGCCGGGCCCCCCGAGUCCCUGGGCCCAGGUUGUUCAACCCCCUCUGCCAAUGCCAUUACCCAUGCCAUUGCCCCUGCCAUUCCCCCUGCCAUUCCCAUACUCACGGCCUCCCCCACCUAGGGUAGUCUCAGAGGCAGAAGCAGCAGCAGCAGCUGCAGCCACAACCACAGCUGCAGCAGCAUUCCCACCCCAGAUGCCUGUUGGGGGGAUCUACCCAUCUGGCGUGUGGCCUGCAGCGUCCCAGGAGGAGGUAGCCCUGCCGUGGGACCCGAGGAUCCAAGGCCAAGAGGAAGCUCCUGUGAGACCCCACUUCAUCAGCCCCUCAGGGUACAUCUGGAACCAGGAAGACCCAAUGAAGCCGCAACCUCAGGAACUGAUGCCCAGGCCAGCAAAAGCUCCAGGACCUUCGUGUGAAGCUGAAGGUUCAGCUCCCAGUGUGUGAAUCAUCAUGAAAUAUCCUUCUGGCUCUCAGCAACCUUCACCUCAGUGAGAUCUCAACUGGCUGGAGCUGAAAAGAAUAUGAAGGAAUCAGAGGAAAGGAGAUAUUCUGGCAUACAUCUUGGGAAAGGGAGGGCAGACAGAUUGUGUUAAACUUAGUGCUUCUGUUGGGGAAAAUAGAUUGACAUAGCAGAGUUUCAAACGGGGUUGGGAGGGUAGUAUUAAAUUUGGGGGGUUAUAACAAGUUUGUCAAAUUGUAUUCAUUAAUUCAUUGAAUAGUUAUUGUCUAGUAUGCUCUAAGAACUGCUAUUCUGUGUUAUUAUCUGGUGCAUGCAUAAGUCAUUGGAUGAGUUUGGUUAGAUGACAGGAGAGAACCUAAUUUGAGACACCGAUUAUAUCAGGUGUGACUUCUUUGCCUUGCACAUAGUGUGGCUUUUGGACAAACCCAACUGAAAUAAAGUCAAGAUCCAUGUCUAU